AUGUCCAAAGUAGCCAUGAUUCGAGUCAGGCGGGGUCCAGGAAGCGGUCCGCAGAGCCAGGUGGGGCCGUCGGCUCUGCAGGUUCCGUACACGGCUCCGUCCCAGGGCUCCUUUGCCCAGGCCAUCCAGCAGCGUGUGACCGUCCAGCAACUCCGCUCGGUGUCGGCCAAUGGUAGCGUCACUGCCGCCGUCAGCGGGGCCUCCACCGGGCCGCGUUGCCUGGCGCCCAACCAGAACGUGGCCAACGGUUCGCCGCCCCGCGUCGAAUCGCCGCGCACCAAUGGCGUGGCGACCCCCGUCAAGACGCACACGGACGAGCUCAAGAUACAGGAACUGGAGCGCACCCUUCCGUCGCAUUUCCCACGUCGACCCGCCCACGGGAAGCUGGGCAGACCGAUCCACUUGACUGCAAACCACUUUAGCAUCGAGAUCCCCAGCGGGAACGUCUACCACUACGACGUCGAGAUCUUCUCCGAGGGACGAAAGGAGGCCAAGGUGCCCGACAAGCGCAAGUACCGCUGUAUCAGCACCAAGAUCAACCGCAUGAUCAUCGAACUUCUGGUGAAGAAGUACCGCGGGGACCUGAGCAACUGCAUUCCCGCCUUCGAUGGCAGAAAGAAUCUGUACACGAGGCGCGAACUCAAGUUUAGGGAGCGCACCUUCACGGUCGACUUCGAAGAAGACCAGCGCAUCCAGAAGUUUAUCGUCAAGAUCCAGUACGCCGCCACCGUGAACCUAGACGCGCUGCACGCCGUCUUCGACAAUCGCGUGAACACUGUUCCGCAAGAGGUGCUCCAGGCAGUGGACAUUGUGCUGAGGCACGGGCCGUCCAUCAAGUUAACUCCUGUCGGCAGGUCCUUCUUUAAGCCUCCCCCUCCUCAAGAGAACAACACGCUGGGAGGUGGAAGGGAGGUCUGGUUUGGCUAUUACACCAGCGUACGGCCCGCCCAGUGGAAGCCCAUGCUCAACAUAGACAUGUCAGCAACCGCCUUCUACGAGCCCAUCCCGGUCAUGACCUUUAUGUGCCGCAUCUUCAGCGAGGGGCGCCGAGAGAUGACCCCUGCGGACUUCAGGGACCUGCGAGACUUUCAGAGCGUGCGCCUGAACAAAGAGCUGAAGGGCCUUCGCAUCAAAGUGACGCACCUGCCGUACCCCCGCAGGUACAAGGUGGUGCGCAUUACCAAGGAGUCUGCCAAGAAGCUCUACUUCACAAUGGAUGACGGCUCGCGCAACAGCGUGGCUGACUACUUCCAAAGCAAGUACGGCCGCCUGUCGUACCCGAACCUGCCCUGCGUGCAGAGUGGCAGCUCGACGCACCCGGUCUACUUGCCACUCGAGGUCUGCGAGAUCAUUGAAGGCCAGCACUGCAGAAAGAAGCUGGAUGAAAACCAAAUUUCAGAGAUGAUUAAGCGCACUGCGCAGCCUCCGGCGAAAAGGUUCAACGAGAUCCGUCAGUCUGUUCGGGAUCUGGUGAGCAGCAACGAACCUUACCUGCGAGAGUUUGGCAUCAAGAUCAGCACUGACCCGACGCAGCUCAGGGGACGUGUGCUCGAUCCGCCUUCCCUGGUGUUUGAAAACAACGCGGUGACGAAGCCACGCGAGGGAACGUGGGAACUGCGAGGACGUCAUUUCUACAAGGCGGCUUCUAUGACACGCUGGAUCAUCCUCAACUUGAGUCGCUUUCCCCAAAAGCACGACCUGGACAACUUCGUUAAAUUGUUGCUUCGAGUGGGUCAGGAGUUGGGAAUGAGGAUCGAAAUGCCGUUGGACGUGACCGUGGCGGAUGCGAACCGUAAGUCGACCAGGGCUAUCCUGUCCGAGCUCAUGGCGAAGUACACCAACCUGGAGAUUAUGGUGAUCGUGCUCGCCAAGAACAGCAACUACGCCGAGAUCAAGCAGGUGGCAGAAACAGACCUGGGACUGCGUACGCAGUGCAUUAUGGACAACAACGUGAUCAAGAAGUGCAAUGCGGCGCUGGUGACCAACCUGUGCCAGAAGCUGAACGCCAAGAUGGGCGGCACCAACAACAGCCUGCUGGCGCAGGAGAAGCCGGCCAUCUUCCAGAAGCCCGUCAUCAUUAUCGGAGCCGACGUGACGCACCCUGCCCCGGGCGACAAGCUGCGGCCCUCGAUCGCGGCCUGCGUGGGCAGCCUGGAUUCGAUCCCGUCCAAGUUCCACGCGUCCAUCCGGAUCCAGAUGGAGGACUCGGCGGCCAUGUCGCGCGUGGAGAUCAUCAAGGACUUGAAGGAUAUGAUGAAGGACAUGCUGAAGGCCUUCUACCGUGCCACCAAGCACAAGCCCGAGCGCAUCAUCUUCUACCGGGACGGCGUGAGCGAGGGCCAGUUCCUGGAGGUGCGGAACCGCGAGGUGAGCGCCAUCCGGCUCGCCUGCCAGGAGCUGUCGCCCAACGAGACGUACGAGCCGGCGCUCACGUUCAUCGUGGUCCAAAAGCGUCACCACACGCGCUUCAUGCCCUCCAGCGACCGGGAAGGGGUCGGCAAGUGCCGCAACGUGCCCCCGGGCACCACCGUGGACUCCGUGGUCACCCACCCGCUCGACUUCGACUUCUUCCUUUGCAGCCACUUCGGCAUCCAGGGCACCAGCAAGCCGUCGCACUAUUACGUUGUGUGGGACGACUCGAACUUCACCGCGGAUGACCUGCAGAAGCUGUCGUACUACCUGUGCCACACGUAUGCCCGCUGCGCGCGCAGCGUGAGCAUUCCGGCGCCCGUGUACUACGCUCACCUGGCGGCCUAUCGCGCCAAGAACCACGUCAUCUCCAAGGUGGACGUGUCCAGCUCGAGCAGCGACUCGUCGGGGGGCAGCGGAGACAUGGUGCCCACCAGCCAGUACGUGGACGCCGUGAGGGUGCUCGACUCCCUGCAGACCGCCAUGUACUUUGUGUGA